AUGGUUUCACUUUUGGUUGAAGCAUGUUUGGGUAUACCGCAGCUUCUCAGAAAUUACCAACGACAUGCAACGACUGGCAUGAGUGUUCGUAUGGUGUUGAUGUGGCUGAUAGGCGAUUGUGCUAAAACUGUUUACUUUAUCGUUCGAUCAAGUCCUGUGCAAUUUUGGGUUUGUGCCAUAUUACAGAUAACGAUUGAUAUACUAAUACUCGCUCAAGUUCAUUUCUACGGGAAAGGUGCAGCAUCUUUGCCGUACGCUUCCGCUCAGUCAGUUCGAUAG